CACACUCUCUCUGUGUUUCUCUGUGGCUUUUUGCCCGGCUUCGGCCCACAAUGUGCUUAGUACGUUUUAAUUUGUUGAUGUGCGUGGUUCUUUGAAUGACUCAAGUGAGCACCCACCGCUGCCUUUGCAAGCGACGUAAUGAUAGAUUUUCGCUAUUAUUACCCUACGUGAGAUAUAAAAAUCGUCUCAGUCAGUUUAGCCAUCCACGUCGUAGCUGCAGUGUGCUUCCAACCUUCAGUAAACACGUGCUGCUCUAUCCAACGACACCACAUACAGUUCCGCCAUCGGCAGUCAUUUUGACUUUUGACUUACAUACAUAUUUUGUAUCUACUUAAUUGCGCUGUUUCUUCGUGGCAUUCGAAUUAUUGGAAAAUUUUUCAAACAAAGUGCUAAAGAUUGCAACAAACAAAAAAAAAAAACAAUACAAAAAUAAUAAUCAUAACCAAAUCUAUAUGCGCAUGACGUUUGAACAAAUUUUCGUAGUGUGUUGUCGGCGAAGAGCGAUUAUUAGCUAAUUCACUCAAAACAACAUAUGUUUAUAUGUGAUUACGUGUGUGCAACGUCACUGUCGGCAUAUUUAUAUUGCUGCAAUUAAUAGCUUUCGAAAAACUCGAUGAAUAUUGAAACAGCAGCAGAAGAAAGUUUUGAAGUGAUUAUAUAAAACUGGUUUGAUUGAGAAUUAUUUAUAAACUUGUGCUGACACCAACGUAACACGUUGAAUAAUUUCUGUACAUAUAUACAUACAUAUGUACAUUUGUAUGAGUUUAAUCGCUUUUGGCUAGCGUUUUAGUGCAAAUAAGUGAUCACAAAUCCACGGUGCUUCCGAUUUAAUACCUCCCUCAACUUUGUAAAUAAACAAAACAAAGUUGCGUGGUUCAACGUUAUCACAACAAAAUGCCAGACAAGACACUCAAAUAUGCGGAAUAUUCGCAAUUUCAUUUUUCAAUUGCCGAUUACUGUGUUUUUGUGGGGAUGUUGUUGCUAUCCACAGGAACGGGUAUCUAUUUCGGUUAUAUAAGAAAGAAUAUAAAACCAGUUAAACCAAUUAUUAAUUUAGAGAUGAACAAACACAAAGAACCGGAUUUUGGUUCCAAAGCAAUGAGUGAAUACUUGUUGGGCUCUAGGCGGCUGAAAGUAUUUCCAGUAGCAAUGAGCCUAGUUGCCAGCUAUAUUUCAGGAGUAACUAUGCUUGGCGUACCGUCGGAAAUCUAUAGCUACGGUACUCAAUAUUGGUUAAUUAUUGUACCGGUUAUUUUGAUGGCAUUCGUUGUAUCAAGAGUUUAUUUGCCUGUGUUUACGGCUUUAAAUGUUGGAUCUUCCUAUGAGUAUUUGGAAAUGCGUUUCAGUUCCAGUGUGCGGAGUAUUGCAUCAUUUAUGUUUGUGAUGGAUGAGAUCUUUUUCUUGCCAAUAAUUUUGUAUGUGCCAGCAAUAGCGUUUAAUCAAGUUACUGGCGUCAAUAUAUACGUCAUUCAAUGUUCUUAUUGCUUUAUGGUAUUUCAAGAUAUUUUAUUUUGCUUUUUUUAGGGCGGCAUAAAAGCCGUAGUCCAUACAGAUGCCUGGCAAACGUUGGUAAUGUUUAUUGCUUUGGUGGUUGUAGUUAUACUGGGCACGAUAGCUGCAGGAGGACCUGGACCAGUAUUUAAGCAUGCCUCCGAAGGUGGGCGCCUAGUUUUCUUUAAUAUUAACCCUUCAUUAUAUGAGCGGCAAUCAUUUUGGGCCGUAUUGAUUGGCGGUUUCACCUACUGGACUGCCUUUAAUAGCGUCAAUCAAACCAUGGUUCAGCGUUACAUGUCUUUGCCGACAUUGAAGAGAGGUCAACACUCGAUUGUAAUCUUUACACUGGGCGUUGUGCUCUUCUUAUCAGUUUGCUGCUUUGCCGGUUUGUUGGUUUUCGAUUUCUAUAGAAAUUGUGAUCCGCUAAAUGCUGGACUCAUAUCGAACGACGAUCAGUUACUACCCAUCUAUGUUAUGCAAACUGUUGGUCAUCUACAAGGCGUACCGGGUCUCUUUAUCGCUGGUGUCUUUGGCGCAGCGCUAAGCUCACUCUCAGUCGUGCUCAACGCAACGGCCUUGGUAUUCCUACAGGAUAUUGUGCGUGGCAGUUUUAAGGUGAAACUUGGCGAACGUGCAACAAAUAUUUUGGUGAAAAGCGUUAUCGUUUUGCUGGGCACGGUAGCUAUGGCAUUGAUAUUCGUGCUGGAGAAGCUAAGUGGUAUUUUGAGCGUUGCCACUUCAGUCACCGCCAUUGCGGGUGGCACAACUUUUGGUAUGUUCACGCUCGGCAUGUUAGUGCCAUGGAGUAAUACGAAGGGUGCUUUGGCUGGUGCUGCAGCGGGUGCGCUUAUGUCUGGUUGGGUGUCAUUCGGAUCACAGGCCGCCAUAGGUGCUGGUCGUAUUGGUCCACAUAAAUUGAAUGUUUCCGUAAUGGAUUGUUUGGCAAAUUACACAAUACCAGAACCGGAUUAUGGCGAUGAAGCGGACGUAUUUCCUUUAUAUCGUUUAUCUUUCCAUUGGAUAACUGUGAUUGGUGUUGUGUCAACGUUACUAGUUGGUACUGUGGUGUCCUUCCUUACCGGACCAACAGUGUUGAAGAAACUGGAUGCAGAGUUAAUAUCACCCGUAAUUCACAGAUUUCUACCCAAGGAAUGCUUCCUACCACGCAAUGCAAAUCCGGAUUUCAUGCGGGAUAAUACCCCGCAAACUUUCACCCACCUCUUGGCUAACGGUGGUGAGAGUGCAAGUGAUCAAGGCAGAUAUUAAGUUACAGCAAUAUAAAUUAAGAUAUUUGGAAUCUUUUUGUAUAGAGCAAAUUACUAAUAAUAAAAGCUGUAUUAGUUUAUUUUAAGACAAGGGAGGCAGGAAACAAGCAGCUUGAUUGAGGAUAAAAAAAAGAGAAAACAAAAACCAAUUUCAUUUCAUAAUCCGUGUGUGCUGUAAAGUUAAUAAUUGUUGCAUUUUGUGGUUCCUGUAUUUUUUUAGCCGAUAAUGUGUAUAUAUGUAAAUGUGUAGCUUAGGUAAACAGUUUAUAAUUAGAAAUUAAAUGUGUAGCAAAAAUUCCAAUCAUGAACUUCAUUAUGCAUAUGUGUUUAAGUCCACAUUUACAGGUGUAAUUUGUUAAAUUUUUAGGCAAACAAGCAAAAAAAUUGAAAGGUAAACAAAAGACAAGUAAGAACAUUUCCAAGUACGAAAUUGGUCGUUUUUGCUGCAAGUCUAAUAAAGUCUAUAUAAUAGCAACAUAAGGCAAGAGUUAUAUACGUAAAUGUAAAUAUUUAAGAACGAUAAGUUAUUCACGAAUGAUAAGGUCACAACAAUUUUUUAUAUUUUUUACAUACAUAUACAUUAUUUCUUAAAUUUGUGCACAAAAUACUUAAAAAUCAAUUAGUUAAAGAAAUGCAUAUAGUUUAUUUAUAAAGGUAUAUUUACACUGGAAAAUGUUCAAUACAUACAUAUACAUAUUAAAGCCAAAUUUAUUUGAAAAUCAAAGUAUGAAAUAAAUAACAUCAACUUCAUAAUUUUAUAAAUGUUGUUAUUAUAUACAAAAAUCUAGUUGUAUAAUCGGUUUUUGGACUUUAAUGUUUGCUGGGAUAUUAAUUUUUUUUUUCCAUAAUUUGUGCUACUAGGUGUAUCCCCAAUAAUAUAAUUUAGAAUGCAUUUAAUAGACUUACAAAUAAAAUAACAGCAAAAUAUGCAGUAAUUGGACAAUAAAUUAACAUCAAAAUACAGAUGUAUGUACAUUAAUACACAAAUGUAUAGAAAAAACAUCAACAAAAAAAUAAAUGUCUUGUAAAGUUAGUAGCCUUUUCGUAAUCCUAUUUAACCCUCAAUGUACGUAAUUUGUUUGAGUCGGAUUAUAGAUCAUUUAAUACUUAUGUUUGUCUAUAUAUUAUAGUCUCAAAUGAAAAAUUAUCAUAAUCAGUAACAAGAUAUUUAUGCAUAUAUGCUAUUGCGGGCCAAUUAUGAACGUCUGUGAUAACGCUUGGUAUCUGCUUUACAACUUAAUAAAUAAAAUGUCAAAAAAAAAA